GCAUGAAAGCAAGUUGGUUGCUUAUAGGUCAUCCGCAAGAUAGUGCAAAAGAAAAGAUGGCUGCAGUCCGUGCAUGGUUAUUGAUGGCAUUACUCGCAAGCAUUUGCUUGGUGAAAGAAAAUAAUGCAGAAGAUAUUGGUUACGGCACUAUUGGAAAAGGUGGUGGUGAUGUUCAUUGUGGAGUUGGACAUAAGGGGAAUUGUCGUCCUCAUAAAGCAGCGCCUUACCAUAGACCUUGCGAGAAAAAGGAUGGGUGUAGAGGAGAUCCACCGAACACGGAAAAGAUAGUUGAACAUGAUGGAAAUUUGCCGAAGCCCAAAGCAGGGAAGAGAAUUAAAGAUGCUGAACAGUUGCUUCACUCACUUGGGCCAACUCCCAUGUGAGUUUGUCAAAGCAUGCAAGAGAAGGAGAUAAAAUCUCUUUCCUCGUUAAAACAAGAGAAGAAGAUCGAUGAAUUCUCGCACUUUGUCGAGUUAUGUUAUAUCUAUUUGUUGCGUGAUGUGUGUAGUACGUGUUGCUGGGUCAUUUUGUUUACAUUCUCUAAGCUGCCUUCUAGGGAAGAUGAUGGCCCUACUGAAUUUCUUAAGCUCAAUUAGCCAAAUUUCCUCACAUAAUGAUGGAACUUGGUUUGGGUCAUGUUAACAGAGUGUUUCUUUUUUAUCAAUUAUGUAAUACUACCUUGAUCCACAAUAAAGUACUGCUUCCUCGCAGAGGCAGCUUAUUUCUUUA